CGGCAUUUCAUUGACCUACUGAUUGCUCGCCUGGAAUUCAACAUUGUUAUUCAAUUAUAUACAAGGUAAAUCAUCAAGAUAAUAUGGUGCGCCUGGGAGAAUGCAAAUGGACUCAUAUGUUUCAGUUUCUUAUGGUGUCACUCGUGUAUUUUGCUAAUGGUGAAUAUUCUAACUGCGGUGAAAAUGAAUACUACAACCAGACAACAGGAAUGUGCCACGAGUGUCCACAGUGUGAGCCAGGAGAAGAGCCAUACAUGACAUGCGGAUACGGCACUAGAGAUGAAGACUACGGCUGUGUCCCCUGUCCAUCAGAAAAAUUUUCAAAAGGCGGUUAUCAGAUAUGCAGGCGGCACAAGGACUGCGAGGGAUUCUUUCGGGCAACUGUUAUGACCCCUGGAGAUCAAGAGAACGAUGCAGAAUGUGGCCCUUGUCUCCCUGGUUACUACAUGUUAGAAAACAGGCCACGGAACAUCUAUGGAAUGGUUUGUUACUCGUGCGCUUUGGCCCCUCCCAACACCAAAGAAUGUGCAGGCAUGACCUCUGGUGUGUCAGCUAGUUUCUCAAGUACUUCUGGAACAAGUACCCAUUCUCCUUUCCAGCAUGUGCACAAAGGAGACCUUUCUGGACAAGGCCAUCUUGCCACUGCUCUUAUAAUUGCCAUGUCAACUAUUUUUAUAAUGGCAAUCGCUAUCGUUCUGAUCAUCAUGUUUUACAUUGUCAAAACCAAAACUUCAUCUCAAGCGUGCUGCACCAGCCAUCCGGUGAAGACGGUAGAAUCCCAGGCCAAUAUGCAGGAAGAAAAAAAAGAAGUGCAAGAAAAUGUAAUGAUUUUCUCAGAAAAAGAGGAAUUUGGAAAAUUGACAGCAACUCCAGCUAAGGUUGUUAAGAGUGAAAAUGAUGCUUCUUCAGAGAACGAGAGACUUCUAAGCCGUAGUAUGGACAGUGAUGAAGAAGCUGCUAUCGACAAGCAAGGGACUCCAGAGCUGUGCUUGUUGUCUUUAGUACAUUUGGCUCGAGAUAAAUCAUCUGCAAACAGCAAAUCCACUGGCAUACAGAGCCGGAGGAAAAAGAUUCUCGAUCUGUAUGCUAAUGUAUGCAGUGUUGCAGAAGGCCUCAGUCCCACAGAACUACCAUUUGAUUGUUUGGAGAAGACCAGUAGGAUGCUCAGCUCUACGUAUAACACAGAAAAAGCCAUUGUGAAGACUUGGCGUCAUCUUGCUGAGAGCUUUGGGUUGAAGCGUGACGAGAUUGGGGGCAUGACCGAUGGCAUGCAGCUCUUCGACCGCAUCAGCACGGCAGGCUACAGUAUUCCUGAACUGCUCACCAAACUAGUGCAGAUUGAACGGUUAGAUGCUGUGGAGUCCCUCUGUGCUGAUAUAUUGGAGUGGGCCCAAGUCAUGCCCAAACCAGAUCCGGUGGUGGCCUCAUGA